AGUCGUCUCUUGUGUGUCAUGUAGAGAUUAACAGGAAGCUGUUGCUGUGGCUCUCUGUGAGCGGAAGCCAUCGCAGUACGUGGUGUCAGUGCCUCUAAAAACAGACAGAAGCGUGUUUGAUCUGAGAGGAGAGGAGCUGAUGGACAGUGAAGGAGACGCUGGAGAUUGUUCGCUGGAGGAGUUUCCCUCGAGCCCAGCGGAGGCCGAGCAUGUGGAUUCGGAUGGUUUUUCCGUCCUGGAGCAGCUGGGACUGGACCAGAACUCAGAUUUGUCAGACUCCUGCGUGCAGCAGCGGUUGGACGAGCAGCGAGAGAAGAUCCGGAGGGAGAUCCGUAAGGAGCUGAAGAUAAAAGCGGGCGCGGAGAACCUGCGACGGGCCACCACCGACAAACGCAACGCCCAGCAGGUGGAGAGCCAGUUACGCAGCUCCAGCCGCAAACUAGACACGCUCCACGCUCAACUGCAAGAGCUGGAUGCCCACAUCGUGGUCAAGGGUCACGACGACAGCAAAGAUGACCUUCAGUCUCUCGGGACGCCAGGUCGCUCCUCAGCCAAUCAGGACAGGAUUAAAGCUCUGGAGCGACAGCUCAACAUUGAACUCAAGGUCAAACAGGGGGCAGAGAACAUGAUCCCCAUCUACGCCAAUGGGGUUACCAAGGAUAAAAAGCUGCUCCAGUCAGCUCAGCAGAUGCUGCAGGACAGUAAAACGAAGAUCGACAUCAUCCGUAUGCAGAUUCGUAAAGCCAUGCAGGCCACCGAACAGACAGAAGACACUCAGGGUAAGCCGGAUCUGUGUGGGGUGGAGCUCCGUAUCGAGGAGCUCUGGCAUCAUUACCGUGUUGAACAUGCCAUGGCCGAGGGCGCCAAAAACAUGCUGAGGCUUCUGGGAGCUGGAAAAGCACAGGACAAGAAGGCCAUUGCUGAGGCUCAGUCUCGCCUCAGCGAAGCGUCCCAGCGCCUAGAUCUUCUGCGGGUGUCGUUAGAGCAGCGUUUGGUCAGUCUGCCGGAAGACCAUCCCAAAGUGUGUCUGAUCAAGGAGGAGUUAGUGCUGGCCUCGUCGUCGGCCUUCAGCUCUCGUCACAGCGCCCCCUAUGUCCACAAUCAGUACAGCACCCUCAGCAAACCGUCGCCGCUCACCGGGACGCUGCAGGUGCGUCUGCUGGGGUGCGUGGGCUUGCUGGAGGUGGUCCCGGGCCGCAGUCGCACCUCUCCGCUGGUCUUACCUCACAGUCCCGGGGACGGACGGCCCUUCAAGCUCACUCUGAGCAGCAGAAACAGCAGCUUCAGCCUGAAGAUUCCCAGCAAGAGCGAAGAGCUGUCCUCGGAGGUGAGCGCCGUGUUGAAGCUGGAGAACUGUGUGGUGGGACAGACGUGCUGGAAGAGUGUGGGGGAACAGACCUGGGAUCAGACCUUCACUCUGGAGCUGGAGAGAUCCAGAGAGAUGGAGAUCGCCGUGUACUGGAGAGAUUAUCGAUCUCUGUGUGCCCUGAAAUUUCUCAAGUUGGAGGAUUUCCUGGACAACCAGAAACACAGAGUGCAGCUGGAGCUGGAGCCGCAGGGGCUGCUGCUGGCGGAGGUUACUUUCUUCAACCCCGUGAUCGAGAGAGCUCCGCGGCUAAAACGACAGAAGAAAGUUUUCUCCAAACAGCAGGGAAAAGCGUUCUUGCGAGCUCGGCAGAUGAACGUCGAUAUCGGCACAUGGGUGAGGCUAUUGAGGAAUGCCAUACCAACCGUCAAUAACACAGGAACCUACAGCCCUCACGCACACACAGUACAGACAGGGGAGAUAUCAGUGGAGAAGUUGAGUUUAGACUAUGACUCGCCGAUGAAGGUGGACAUUCGUCGAGAUGUGCCGGAUACAAGCACUCCAGAGCGUCAACCCGCCACUGAUCCAGUCUCCGCCCCGGACGUCACCACACCUGAACGCCAAAUCAGAACACAUUCACUGAGCAGCAAACAGAAGAAGACUCCUUUGAGCCUGCAGGACUUCCGACUAAUAGCUGUUCUUGGCAGAGGCCAUUUUGGAAAGGUGCUUUUGGCGGAAUACAAGAAGUCAGGUAAUAUGUACGCCAUUAAAGNNAUGACAUUUUUCUCGUUUCUCUCUCUUUUCUCCCUUAGUUUGAUGUGCGAGAAGCGUAUUUUCGAGACGGUGAACAGUACGCAGCACCCCUUCCUCGUGAACCUGUUUGCGUGUUUCCAGACCCCAGAACAUGUGUGUUUUGUCAUGGAGUACACGGCAGGCGGCGAUCUGAUGAUGCACAUACACGCAGACGUCUUCACCGAGCCCCGGGCUGUGUUCUAUGCCGCUUGUGUAGUUUUAGGGCUUCAGUUUUUACACGAUAACAAGAUUGUGUACCGAGAUCUUAAAUUGGACAACUUGCUGCUUGACACAGAGGGUUACGUGAAGAUUGCAGACUUUGGGUUGUGUAAAGAAGGUAUGGGUUUCGGGGACCGGACCAGUACGUUCUGUGGGACUCCCGAGUUCCUGGCUCCAGAGGUCUUAACAGACACGUCGUACACACGGGCCGUGGACUGGUGGGGACUCGGAGUGCUUAUAUACGAGAUGUUAGUGGGAGAGUCUCCGUUUCCAGGUGAUGAUGAAGAGGAGGUUUUUGACAGCAUAGUGAAUGAUGAAGUUCGUUAUCCACGGUUUCUUUCCUCGGAGGCCAUUGGCAUCAUGAGGAGGUUGCUAAGGAGAAACCCAGAAAGACGUCUGGGUUCCAGUGAGAAAGACGCAGAGGAUGUAAAGAAACAGCCUUUCUUCAGGAAUAUGGACUGGGAGGCUCUUCUCCUCCGUAAACUCCCUCCUCCCUUCCUUCCGACUAUCGGGAACAAAGAGGACGUCAGCAACUUCGAUGAGGAAUUCACAACAGAAGCUCCGGCUCUCACACCGCCCCGUGAACCCCGGGUGCUCUCGCGCAAGGACCAGGACAGCUUCCGGGACUUUGACUAUGUGUCCGACCUCUGCUGAGAGCGCCCUUCGCUGUGAUAGUGCUGUAGAGAGACCUUUCUGCUCCGUCACUCAGCCACGACGAGGUCAAGAGCGGCCAAUCCGAGUGUUUCGCCUCAAUUAUGAAUGUGCUGGACCUGAGAACACUGUGAUGGAAAAAACAGAGGAGUCCGAAAACAGUUAGAACCGGGUUAAAGACAGAAAUCUUUUCCGCCAGCAGGUUUAAAGGUGCAUUUGAUCAUUUUAUUUUUUUAUAGCGCUUCAGCUCAGACUGACACCUAGUGGAUUGGAUGAAGCAUCACACUAAAGUGGUCAGGUACUGAUACCAUGGUAGAAAAGCAUUAUUCACAGUUAGCCAUGAUUCAUUUAUUCAACUAGUCACGUGUGUUACUGAAACAGCUGGGUAGCAUUCACCCGGUCACGUGAUCUCAAAAUAGCCUCUUCAUGCAGAAUAAUACAGGCUACUUAUAUGAAUAGAGGCUUCAUCCCACAUGAACUUUAUUUAGAAGUGCUAUUUAUUGCGUUAGGCAUAACGCAUGUUUUAACAAAGAGAAAAAAUGGUCGAGUGCACCGAUAAACUUGCUGAAAUUUUUGGCUUGUCUUCUACUUUUGAAAAAUGCGCCUUUGUCUUAGUAAAGGUAACGUGAAGGUCAUUUUUUAAACUCGAAGCAAAUCAAUAAAGGUCGCACUGAAGCAUCUCGGUGAACUUUUGCAAGCGAUACGACCAAGAGCAUGCUGGGAAAUGCAUUUCUGUUCAGUCUCACAUUUAGGAACUGGUAACCACUGCAAAAUCUUCCUUCCAUUUCUCGUAUCAUGUCCAGUCAAACGGGACGAUGCUGUCUGAAUUAUUUGCCAUUCUCUAAGGAACUAGAUUAAGAGACACUUUUCUGCAGACACCGUGGCAUUUGAUGGAAAAAGAGAGUUGUUUAAUUAGGCUUGAAUAUUAAUGAACGUGUACUUGGAGCUAAAGACCUCUUUAGACUCGUUCAUCCUGGGUGUUUUCUCAUACUUCAAGCCCAUCGUCUCUUACGUGUUACUUGUGAAAGUGAAGCAUAUUGAAGUAGGACAGCUUGUUCUCCAUUCAUUAAGUGCACUUUAAGUAUGGUCACCUUAAUGAAUUUUUACAAAAGCAAACAAACAACCUUGUAUAUAAAGCUGGUCUGAAGAAAAAAUGCCUUAAAAUAUCGUUCCUUUCCGCCCUACCGUUGGCGUUUUU